GAGAGAGGCUUUAAUCUAAACUCUGAUCAGCUAUUUAGAGCAGAAGCUAUCAUCAAAGGUCCCAUACAAGCCAAGCCACGUCGUUGAUGGGCACCUGGGGCUUGUUGCGCUUUCCCACACCCCUGACCCGGCUGUGCACGGUGCCGUGGGGACAUGGGCUUUGGGAGAAGCCGACACUGCUCUCCCCAGGAAGGGCUCCCACAGUGGUACAGAUGGCAGGCAAGAAGCAUUACCCUGCUCUGCUUGCCCUGGACGAGAAUGAACUCGAAGAGCAGUUUGUGAAAGGACAUGGUCCAGGGGGCCAAGCCACCAACAAAACCAGCAACUGUGUGGUGCUGAAGCACGUACCCUCAGGCAUCGUGGUCAAGUGCCAUCAGACAAGAUCUGUUGAUCACAACAGAAAGCUAGCUCGGAAGAUCCUGCAAGAGAGAGUGGAUGUUUUCUACAAUGGUGAAAACAGUCCUGUUUACAAAGAGAAACGAGAGGCAGAGAAGAAAAAGCAAGAAAGGAAAAAAAGAGCAAAGGAAACACUAGAAAAAAAGAAGUUAUUGAAAGAACUAUGGGAAUCAAGUAAAAAUGUCCCCGUAGGAAGAACUGAUUCUGACUGAACCUGCCCGAAAGUGCCUGGACUAGUGGUGGCCAAGCCCAUCACACUGCAUGGCUUUUAAACAAAGCAUUCUGAUGCACUUACAAGAUGUCAAAGUUUUUAAAUGCUGAACUGGAACUAGAGAAUAGAAUAAAACCAUUAAGAAACAACGAAACUGUUACUGCAAAAGGAUAGUGGCUGCUAUGGGGGUAGACAGUCAUGAUCCAACACUUAGUUGGACUUCUGUGGUGACGGGCAGAGCUGUUUCUUGACGUGGGCAGUAGUUAGAAAGGUGUCCCCUACCCCCUUUUUGAGACAGGGUUUUCCUCUGUAGCCCAGGCCAGCCUCCAACUCUUAAUCCUCCAGCCUCAGCCUCCCAGGGAUCACAGGCAUACACUACUACACCUGGUGGUUCCUUUUUUGUUGGAGACAGGGUUUUUACUUUGCAGCCCAGGCUGUUCUUGAAUCUAAGAUCCUUCUGCUUCAGCCUUCCAAGGAGCUGGGACUAUUGGUAGGCACCACCAUGCCCAGCUUCCCUUAUUUUCUUAAAGCUACACAUUGGUUUGUGUGGUUGUCUGUUUUAUUAUAAUAAAAGGUUAGGAAUAAAAACACUGAAGUACUAAUAUUGUAAGGUCGUCCGUGUUUAUGGAGAGUUAAAACAUUAAUAACAUUUCCUGGUACCUGGUUCAUGAGGAGGCCACUUGCUCAGUGAUGUUAAAAUGUCAUUUAUACUGGUCAGGCUGGUGGCACAUGCCUCUACAUCCAGCACUCAGGAGGCUAAGGCAGGAGGAUCUCGAGUUCAAGGGCAACAUAGCAAGACUCUGUCUCAAAAUAAAGAGAAAAUGAUGAAAGUUAAAAGUUACUAGCCAGCAAGUAGCAGAGUUGCCCACCUAGCAAGUGCAAGGUUGAGUUCAAACUCUGGUACUGAAAAGUCUUUCAAUGUGGAAAAACAUGUCAUUACCUACAUGUUUGUACGGAGUAGACUUAAGAGAUGAGGUCCCAGAACCUGACUUGUAAAUUUGUAUCAUCCAUUUGACCUUACAAUUUUUUGUUUUAUUUUGCUUUUUGGGUUCUUUAAAACCAUGGUUAGUCUUCCCUUGUUAGAACUCAUCUGGAUUCACACAUAAAACAAGUAGGAAAAUACAGUGAGGGGAGGGCCACUGUCCAACUGCCAGGCACAAGGCUGCCUUGCUUUGCAGUGGAGCCCAGGCCCCGUACUACAUCCACCCAGGUAAACCUUUCUCUCAGAGGCUGCCAGGUUCCGCUCUGAGCUGCCUGGGAUGCUCAUGCAGCCCACGUAGGGCUCACUACCUCCUACUGGCGCAUCCAGGACCCUUCCCAUCCCUACGUCCCUUGAGCAGCAAGUCUCUAGAGUGAUGUAAGAAGCACGAACAAUGGAAGGGAAAUUUGGAGCUGUAGCCAGGAGGUACACUGGCUUUGAUGUCUCUUUUUGCACCUCUGCAAUUCUGCCAUAGGCACAGAGGAGAC